AAUAUUCCAGGAUCUCUUUAUUUGGUAGAAAAACAAUUAAAUAAUUUGCAAGAACUAUGUGAAUACAUAGUUUGUUCAUCAUGUCAUGAAUUACAUUUGAAUAACAAAAUAAAAAAUAAUGGGGAAAAUUAUCUUUGUGAAAAUGUGGAUUGUCAAAAAGAGUUAAAAAAAAAACCAAUUAAAAUAUUUCCAUAUCAAUCAAUUAUUGAGAGAAUUCAGCUAAUGUUAAUGCAAAAUAAUUUUGAAGAGAUUUUAAAUCAUUGGCAUAAGUGUGAAGAUAUUCCCAGAAACACUUUGGCUGAUAUUUAUGAUGGUAGAAUAUGGAAUGAGUUUAAAGAUGAUGAUGGAAAUAAAUUUUUUAUAAAAGAAACAUUUGAAGGUAGAUUAGGAUUUUCAUUAAAUAUAGAUUGGUUCUGUCCUUAUAAACAUGUUCAAUAUAGUGUAGUUGAAGAAUUACAACAGUUAUGGUUUGGAAAAUUAUUUAUCACAAGGGAUUAUCCAAUAGGAAAAAUUUAUAAAGGUGCAUUGGUUUUAGUCUCAUGUGAUAUACCUGCAGGAAGAAAGAUUUGUGGAUUUGCUUCACAUUCUUCAAAACAUGGUUGUCAUAAAUGCACAAAAAUUUUCAAAUCAUUUUUAAACUCUUCCAAAUUAGAUUUUUCUGGAAUUGAACCAUCAACCCCAAGAAAUUUAGAACAACACAGAGAAAAGGCAAAUUUAUGGAAAAGUUCAAACAACAGGAAAAAAUUUUUUGAAGAAUUUGGAAUUAGAUGGAGUCCUUUAUUAAAAUUAAAAUAUUUUGAUGUUAUUAGAUUUACACCAAUUGAUAUAAUGCAUAAUAUUUAUCUGGGUACAACUAAACGAAUUUUAGAGUAUGGAUGGCUUAAUGAAAAUAAAAAAUUAAUCAAUAAGAAUGAAUUUAUUAAAAUUCAAAAGAUCAUAAAUGAAACUCCUCCACCCACUGAUAUUGGAAGAAUACCUUAUAAAAUACAGUCAGGGUUUGCUUCAUUUACAGCAGACCAAUGGCAUUCAUGGCUUUCAAUUUAUUCUACAUUUAUUUUAAGAAAUUUUCUCCCUAAAGAGCAUCUUUUAUAUAUCAAUAAAGGACAUGAAAAUAUAGUUAAAUUCUUACAAAAUGUAGAAAAAUUAUAUGGAAAAAAAAUCUUUACACCUAAUAUGCAUCUUCAUUUGCAUAUCAGGGAUUGCUUGUUAGAUUAUGGACCUGUGUAUGGCUUCUGGUGUUUUGCUUAUGAACAUUUAAAUGGAGAACUGUCAUCUUUACCUAAAUCUAAUAGAAACAUAGAAUUAGAAUUGAUUAACAUCAUUAAUGAUCAAAUGAUGAUACAUAACACAGUUAAUCAGUUACAACCAAGCCUUCCAGAUUAUAUUGAUAAAUCUUUAAAUACUUUGAAAUUUUUUAAAAAAGAAAAUAAAGGAACAUUAAGUUCUUAUAAUUUUACAAUUAAAGAUUGCAUUGAUUUCAGAAAUAUGGUAUUGCAAAUCAAAGAUAAUAAAAUAAUCACUGGAGCAGAACCAUUUCCCAGAAGAAUGAUUAAACCUUUUAAGGAAAAAAUUUUAAAUCUACAAACUUGCCAGCUACUUGCUGAAUAUUAUAAAAAAGUUUAUAGUAAUUUAAAUCUUUUAUUUUAUGCAGAAGGUGAUAAUAAACCAAAUGAAGAUGCUAUUUUAGUUAGAAAUUUAAUUAUUACUUCAUCAGCAAUUCAAUUAG